AUGGAUUUACAACUUUAUAUCGUGGCACAGAUAUUAGUGAAAUUGAUGGACGGUGGAUUGCCAAUCGCCGAGGAGGACCAGUGCGGCGAGGAGUACGUGCGGGCCGAGGAGGACCAGUGCGGCGACCCGACCCUGCCCGCCCUCACCAACGUGUUGCGCGCCGCCGGCGCCGGCGAGUGCUGGCACAAGCACGUCACCUUCCUCGCCCACCUGCUCGAGGUCAACCGGAUCCUGCGCCUCUGGGCCGCGCCCGACGCCGUGGCCCGCUGCGGCCUCUACCACUCAGCAUACUCCAUGUCCUACGUCAACCUCGCCAUCUUCGAGCCCGAUGUCUGUCGCGCCCGCGUUGCCGCCGUCGUCGGGGACGAGGCCGAGCGGCUUGUCCACCUCUUCUGCGUCGUCCCGCGGCAACAGCUCGUCCAUGACGACCUACUCUUCCACUACGACGACGGCGACCUCGCCGCCGACCUGGCCCGGUCCGAGGAGUCCGUAUUGGACGCGCGUCGUGGGGUGUUCGACGAGGACGAGCCCUGGCAACGCAAGAUCCAGCGCCUCCUCCCCGCCGACGGAAUCACAGUCAAGCACAUCAGGACUGGUGACGAUGUGGCUCUCUCUAGGCGGGUAGCGGUGACAUUCCUUAUGAUGACAAUGGCAGACUUCAGCGACCAGCUCUUCGACUGGCAGGACCGCCAUCUUCGAGCCCGACGCCCUGACAACAUGGAGCACCUGAAGAGGAUCGCCGAGGAGAUGCAGAAGCAGGUGGCUGUUGCAGGCGCCAUCCAGCCCAAGGAGGAGAACGACUUGGAGUUUGGAUGUGCUACGCACGACAGAUCUUCCAGAAUCUUCGCGUCUGGACUGACAAGCCAUGGUGGCGUCGCGGAUGGAUGGACUGUCAAGGAUGAUACUGUUCUCUCUCCUGAAGAUGGGUCAGCGGCCUGA